GAGCAGCAGCCGUGGUCUCCGGGAGCCGGCCGUGCGCGCCCGCCUGCCCGCCCGCAGCCCCGACCGCGCGUCCCGGCUCUGGUAACUGGAGAAAAGAAGCCUGGAAGCAUGUCGGAGUUUUGGUUAAUUUCUGCCCCUGGCGAUAAGGAAAAUUUACAGGCUCUGGAGAGGAUGAAUACAGUAACCUCCAAGUCCAACUUGUCUUAUAACACCAAAUUCAUGAUUCCUGACUUCAAGGUGGGAACCUUGGACUCCCUUGUUGGCCUCUCUGAUGAGUUGGGGAAACUUGAUGCCUUUGCUGAAAGCCUCAUAAGAAGAAUGGCCCAGAGCGUGGUGGAAGUCAUGGAAGACGCCAAGGGGAUGGCUCAGGAGAACCUCCUGGCCAACGGAGGUUUGAAGGAGAAAAUGAAAUGUCUAAAGAUUGACUUAACAUCCUUUGUGACCCACUUUGAAUGGGACAUGGCCAAAUAUCCUGCCAAGCAGCCGCUGGUGAGCGUGGUGGACACUGUAGCCAAGCAAUUGGCCCAGAUUGAGACUGACCUGAAAUCCCGGAUGGUCUCGUACAACACUCUGAAGACGAACCUGGAGAACCUGGAGAGGAAGUCCAUGGGAAACCUCUUCACCCGGACGCUGAGCGAUAUUGUGAGCAAGGAAGACUUCGUGCUGGAUUCCGAGUAUCUGAUCACGCUGCUGGUCAUCGUCCCCAAACAAAGCUACACACAAUGGCAAAAAACCUACGAGUCCCUCUCGGACAUGGUGGUCCCACGGUCGACCAAGUUGAUUGCUGAGGACAACGAGGGCGGCCUCUUCACGGUGACCCUGUUUCGAAAAGUGAUUGAUGAUUUCAAAACCAAGGCCAAAGAAAACAAGUUCACUGUGCGUGAAUAUUACUAUGAUGAAAAGGAAAUUAAGAGGGAGCGGGAAGAGAUGAGCAGACUGCUGUCUGAUAAGAAGCAACAGUAUCAAACUUCCUGUGUUGCUCUUAAAAAGGGAUCAUCCACCUUCCGGGACCACAAGGUUAAGGUAACCCCGCUAGGGAGCCCUGAUAGGCCUGCUGCGGGGCAGAGCGACAGAGAGAGAGAGAGUGAGGGCGAGGGCGAGGGCCCCCUGCUGCGCUGGCUCAAGGUGAACUUCAGCGAGGCCUUUAUUGCCUGGAUCCACAUCAAGGCGCUGAGGGUGUUUGUGGAGUCCGUGCUCAGGUACGGACUCCCGGUGAACUUCCAGGCGGUGCUCCUCCAGCCUAAGAAGUCGUCCACCAAACGUUUGCGAGAGGUCCUGAACUCCGUCUUCAGGCAUCUGGAUCAAGUCGCAGCCGCAAGCAUCCUGGAUGCGUCCGUGGAGAUCCCUGGGCUGCAGCUCAGCAACCAGGACUACUUUCCUUACGUCUACUGCCACAUCGACCUCGGUCUCCUCGACUAGAAAGACGAGCUGGCGCCACUAAGCUGUCGCACCCACGCAGACCACACAGAGGCUUCUUUCCCUCAGCCCGAGCAGUUUAAAUGUCCUACAGAAUUUAAAUUUUUAGAGAAAUUGCUCACAAAAGUUAGUUACAAUUGUAUUUAUUUUUUUUAAGUUACAAUAAAGAAAUGCUCUCAGUC